AUGAACCCAUAAAUAUAAGCUCCGAAGAGAAAGGUUGUUGAAUAACCAUCAUUCACAAUUGUUGGUUUUUCAAAGGAAUAUCCUCUAAAAAGAGGAAUUAGAUCCAAAUACAGGAUAAAUUAGGAAGGCACAUGAAGAUUAUUUUAGUCAGUAGAUCCAUGAUAAAAUUCCCCAUCGUUUGCACCCAAAAAGAACUUAUUGCAUCUAUUAUGAAUAUUAAAGCCCUAAUGACUAAAAUGAAAACAGAUAUAAAAUAGUCUUAGGAGAAAUGGUAAGUGAAGUCAAUGAUUUAUCAGAAGGAUUAGUAGCUGUAACAGUACCUGCUCAUCGUUUCUGCUGUUUUGAUUGUGGACCAGGUCCUAUUCCAAAAGUAGUGAUCGAUGCUUGGUCAUCAUUAUCUACUUUAUCCCCUGAAGAAUUGGGUGGUGUUAGAUCCUAUGAUUUUGAUUUUGAGGUGUAUCCAGAAGACAUAAAUUUAAAGGAGAACAUCAAAUUUGAAUUAUUCAUUGGUAUAUAAAAAUGA